AUGAGCUCUUCCUCAAUCUCAGAGUUGUACAGGGAUGUCCCCAAGGCCGACUUGCGCACUAUCAAGUUCGAAAGCCUCUUCGACAAGGACCAUGACUCCCUAGAAGCUUUGAUCAAGGCUUGUGAAACAGACGGUUUCUUCUACCAAGACCUUCAAGCGACCGGAUCUGAGAAGUUCUGGAAAGACUUAAAGGAGAUAGACGAAUCUACUGAGGUCAAGCUCAAGACUCCCACAGUGUCUCUUGCCCAUGGAUUCAAGGCCUUGGGUAACCAGUCAGGUUCCGUUGAGGGACAUCAUGAUGGGUUUGAGGCCCUUAAGAUCGGACGACACAAGCUGACGGGCCGCUAG